AUGAACCUGAACUUCGCUGGCCUGCGGGCCCUGGUGACAGGGGCAGGGAAAGGAAUCGGCCGGGACACCGUGAAGUCCCUGCAUGCAUCUGGAGCCAAAGUGGUGGCUGUGAGCCGGACCAGUGCGGACCUGGUCAGCCUGGCCAAGGAGUGCCCUGGCAUUGAGUCUGUGUGCGUGGACCUGGGCGACUGGGAGGCCACAGAGCAGAAGCUGGGUGGUGUGGGCCCUGUGGACCUGCUGGUGAACAACGCUGCUGUGGCCCUGCCACAGCCCUUCCUGGAGGUCACCAAGGAGAUCUUCGACAGGUCCUUCCAGGUGAACCUACGUGCUGUCUUCCAGGUGUCCCAGAUUGUGGCCCGGGGCAUGAUAGAGCGAGGUGUGCCUGGUUCCAUUGUCAACGUCUCCAGCAUGGUGGCCCACGUCACUUACCCUUUCCUGUCCACCUACUGCUCCACCAAGGGCGCUAUGACCAUGCUGACCAAGGCCAUGGCCUUUGAGCUGGGCCCGCACAAGAUCCGUGUGAAUUCUGUGAACCCCACGGUGGUGCUGACGGCCAUGGGCCGGAGAGUGUCCGAAGACCCUGAGUUUGCCCGAAAGCUGAAGGAGCGCCACCCCCUGAAGAAGUUUGCAGAGGUGGAGGAUGUGGUGAAUAGCAUCCUGUUCCUGCUGAGUGACUGCAGCGCCUCCACCAGCGGCUCGGGCAUCAUGGUGGACGCUGGCUACCUGGCCUCCUAG